CCUCCCACAUACGAGGGAGUGAUGCAGUUGGAAUAUAUGGACAUGGUGAUAUCUGAAACCCUAUGAAUGUUCCCCCCUGACCCCCGCAUUGACAGAGUGUGCAAGAAAGAUGUCCAGCUCAAUGGGGUAACAGUUCCAAAGGGGACUGUAGUCAUGGUUCCUGCCUAUGUCCUGCACCAUGAUCCAAAAUACUGGUCAGAACCUGAAGAGUUUAGACCUGAAAGGUUCAGUAAAGAGAAUAGGGAGUCUCGGAAUCCAAAUAUCUUCUUGCCAUUUGGAGUGGGCCCUCGGAACUGCAUCGGGAUGCGAUUUGCUCAACUUAUGAUGAAGAUGGCACUUGCUUCAUUCUUGCAACAUUUGACCAUUGUGCCAUGCCAGGAGACAUCGAUCCCACUAGAAAUGAAUGUGAAAGGACCCAUGCAUCCCAAAAAACCCGUGAUCCUGAAAUUUGUGCCACGGGUGAAUGCUGAUUCAAGGGAAUAAGGCAGUGGUCCACUUGGAGCUGUUAAAAUAUUUAGGAGCGUGAAUGCCUUGAACUGAAGAGAAA